AUGAGAACCCACACUGGAGACAAACCUUUUAAGUGUAACCAGUGUGGGAAAGCCUACCGUUCAAACUCUUACCUCACACGACACAGGAGAAUUCACACUGGGGAGAAGCCCUAUGAAUGCCAUGACUGUGGAAAAACCUUCAGAGAUAGUUCACUUCUCAGACAACAUGAAGGAAUUCAUUCAAGGGACAAACCCUACAGAUGUGAUCAGUGCAGCAAAACCUUUAGUAGGAGCUCUAGGCUUACCAUGCACAAGAUAAUACAUACCAAAGAGAAGCCCUAUGCCUGCACUGAUUGUGGGAAAACCUUCAGCAUUCUUUCAUACCUCACAAGACAUAAGAAAGUACACACUGGUGAGAAGUCUGUUGAAUGCAGCCACUGUGGAAAAGCCUUAAGUAGUCCAUCAGCUCUGAAGACACACCUGCGGAUACAUACUGGAGAAAAACCUUACAAGUGUGAUCAGUGUGGGAGAACUUUUAGAAUGAGCUGUAAUCUUAAUGUGCACAAGAAAAUGCAUGCUGGAGAGAAACCGUGUACUUGCAUUGACUGUGGGAAAGCCUUCAGAGAUCACUCAUGCCUUAAAGAACAUGUGAGAAUUCACACCGGAGAGAAGCCCUUUGCAUGUGAUCAGUGUGGGAAAGCCUUCAGAGUGAAAUCUUUCCUCACUUUGCACAAGAAAGUUCACAUGAGAAUGAAACAGUAUGAGUGUAAGGAAUGUGGGAAAGCCUUCAGUGGUCUCUUAUCUCAUAGGAGACAUAUGAAAAAGCACACCAGGGAAAAGAAACCCUUCAAGUGUAGUCAGUGUGAAAAAGCUUUUAGGAGGCAUGUGUCCCUUACAAUACAUAUAAGAACUCACACUGGAGAGAAACCCUAUGAGUGUGAUCAGUGUGGGAAAACCUUUAGCGUAAGGUGCAAUCUUACUGUGCACAAGAGAGUCCAUACUGGAGAGAAGCCCUAUCGGUGCAACAUGUGUGGACAUGCUUUCAGUAAGCUGUCAUCCCUUCGGCGGCAUCACGAGAGCACUCAUGCUGGAUAA